AGGAGGAUUGAGAUAUAUGUGGCGUGGAGAUCAUUGACAACGCCUGUGGCUGUCAAAAAUCGCUGUUCUUCUUGGCAACGAGGGACCAGGGCUGCAAGGGCUAACAUUAGGGAAUGUUCAUAACGUCCUUGUUUUCUCGAUAUCAGUAAUUACAGAACUUUUCUCCUUCUGGUAGGCUUUCUGCUGAAGAGCAUGCAAUCUGUGACUUCUUCAUUUACUUCCCACACUAAGGUGUUGGCACUGCUUUGAAUGUAGCUAUAGCUGCUUCCAUUGUCCUACAUUUUGGUGGGGGACCCAGGACAACCACCUGGAGAAAGUUCAAGAUUUGAUCAACUAUGCUCAUUGUCGCCAGAAAUCAAAGCAACCUAUAAAGAUGGUGAAAGGAGAGAUUAAAUUCAACUCACAAGUGAUGAAACAUUUCAAAGUUUCUGUUGCACCUGCCAAGGAAAACUUCACCACAGCUAGACUCAAACUGAUAAGUUUGGCUGUUGGUGGCAUCUCCAUUGAUUCCCACAUGACUUGCUGUUGUCUCAAAGAUCAAAGGGGAAACUUAGCCAAUCCCCAGAUUAUUUAAUGAAGUUUUGAAGUCGUUAUUGCCAUAGAAAGAAUUGAGAGGUCCUUCAUUUAGCUGACAUGUUGAGGAUGCUGAGGAGUAAACUCCGGCGCCUCUACUCAAGGUUAUGGUGGCUGAUAUGGAAGCACCCGAAGCGCAGAGUUAUCAUCAAAAGAUUUGGGAAGAUGAAUGUAAAAGGUCGACAAAAAGGCAAUAAAAAUAAAGCCAGAGUCUAUACAAAGAGCCAGGUGCCUGGUUCUGUCAUUGAAAGGCCAUUUCGAGUUGCUACAUUCAAUGUUGCCAUGUUCUCUCUUGCUCCUGCUGUUCCGAUUGCAGAUAAACCAACGUCAUUCGGGUUCGGUAGAAGCCCUGUGAGUCAUUGCCCAAAGAGUAUACUAAAGCAAUCUCCAUUGGAUACUGCAUUAAGCAAGCCAAAAGUUUCCAUUAAUCUUCCUGACAAUGAGAUUUCGUUAGCAAUCAACAAGUUGCCGGGCUUAUCGAAAACGACGGACGAAAGGUACUUCAAAAGCCAAGUCCCAGUAAGGUCUCCUGUGUGCUUUCCAUUCUCCAUAUCUAAUUGGCACUGUGAAGACCACUUGGCAAGUGGUAGAACCAUCCUAGAGGUUCUUAAAGAGGCAGGUGCUGAUAUAUUGGCUUUACAAGAUGUGAAGGCCGAGGAAUCGAAAGGCAUGAAGCCUUUAUCUGAUUUAGCAGCUGCUUUAGGGAUGCAUUAUGUAUUUGCUGAGAGCUGGGCUCCUGAGUAUGGAAAUGCUGUUUUGUCCAAAUGGCCUAUAAAAAGAUGGAAUGUUCAGAAGAUUGCUGAUGAUGAUGAUUUCAGAAACUUGCUAAAGGUCGCCAUCGACGUGCCCGGGACGGGAGAAGUUAACAUCUACUGCACUCAACUUGACCAUCUAGAUGAGAAUUGGAGGAUGAGGCAGAUUAAUGCCAUAGCAAAAUCAGUUGAUUCUCCACACAUCUUGGUGGGUGGACUCAAUUCUUUGGAGAGAUCGGAUUACUCACCCGAACGAUGGACCGACAUCGUCGAGUACUACGAGAAGGUCGGGAAGCCGACUCCAAAGGUGGAAGUGAUGAAGUUUUUAAAGGGAAAAGGCUACAUAGAUUCAAAAGACUACGCAGGAGACUGUGUGCCAGUGGUGAUCAUGGCCAAAGGCCAAAAUGUGCAGGGAACCUGCAAAUAUGGCACGAGAGUGGACUAUAUCUUAGCGUCACAGGAUUCAACGUUUAGAUUCGCCCCGGGUUCAUACUCGGUCAUUUCAUCGAAAGGUACUUCCGACCACCACAUUGUCAAGGCAGAGUUUGUAGCAAUGGGACAGAGAGGUAGCAGAGGGCAGAAGGAUUUAAAGCAAAGGAUUGCAAGGUUGACUCAAACAUGUUCUUCAAUAGGUAUGUCAUUGAUGCGUACUUAGAUACUUUUUGCUAGUAUACAAAAGUUUAUCAGUUCGUACUAUUUUGAAAAAAAAAAAAAAAAAAAAAAAAAAAACCCGAACUUCUUAAACCUAUUUUUAUUGAAAUUAACGAGUUUAUGAAGACUCAUAUUAUUCUUGGUAAA